UCUUCCCCCUCAGGACUUCAUGUUAUAUUUGUCCAAUGGACCCUAAAUAACAUUGAAUGUUAAGUCUGGGGAUUUCAUAAGCUCUGCAGCGGCUGGGAUGUUGCGACAGAACGGUGGAGGCAACAAGCGUGGUUUAGGAUUAACCAAACUAUCUACCUCCAAUUUCUUCACCAUCUCUAAUUCAGGAAACUGGGGGAUGGGGCGCAGUACCAAGAGCAGCUCUUUGAGCAGUAUUAGCUCCAACUCUGACUGUUACGACAGCACUGUUGUGGACCCAGAAUACAUCAUGCAGUUGGUGAACGAUGUCAGAAAAUUUGCAGAUGUUCUAUUUUAUUUGAAAGAAGCCACUCUUUCAGAAGAAAAUCAAGAUUGUCUUCAUCAUGUUGUUCAUGAACGUUUGGGUGAGCUGCUGCGAGUCCUAAAGGCAAUAAUUAGCAAACACCAGAGUCUCAACUCAGUUGACAUUCUCAGUGCUGCGGGAACAGUCAUUGCAAAAGUAAAAGCUGUGAACUUCAAGGAGGUUAAUGAAGAAAACAAGCGAGAAGUCUUAAGUGAAAUAUUCUCUUCUAUUGAUACACUAGCAUUUACCUUUGGAAACAUAGUUUCAGACUUCCUUAUGGGAGAUGUAGACAAUGGGUCAGCAUUGGGCCUUCCUGUAUCUCGACAGAGUCAGUCUUUUGAAAAUCUUUCUAUGGAUUCCGGAGGAUCACUGCAUGAAAGAGAUGACAUUCAAGGGACAGGCCAUUUUAGAGGUGAAGAUGUUGAUCGCAUUCUCUUAAGAAAUGAUAAUGGAAUUGAAUCGGUUCUGUCCUAUGCUAAAGCAUGGUCAAAGUAUACGAAGGACAUAGUUGCAUGGGUAGAAAAAAAGCUUAACUUGGAAAUGGAGUGUACUAAAGGCUUGGCAAAAAUGGCUGAAGCAACUAAGGCUAUUAUUGGACCCCAGGAUUACAUGCCAUUUCAAGCAAUAUUCAUAAAUGCAUUUCAAAAUGAUAUAGAGAACAGUCAGCUUUGGCAACAAACAGCAGCAGCUCUCCAAGCUAACAGAUUUGUUCAGCCACUCCUUGGAAGAAAAAAUGAACUGGAUAAACAAAGGAAGGAGAUCAAGGAGCUUUGGCAACGAGAACAAAAGAAAAUGCAAGAACUGGAAUCCACAGUGAGAAAAGCAAGGCUGUUAUACAUUCAGCGGCAAGAUGAAUAUGAAAAGGCAAAAUUAUCUACUGCUCGUGCUGAGGAGGAGCAUCUGAUCUCCAAUGGGGGCAUUGUUAAAGAUGCCAGCAAACUAGAGAAAAAACGGAAGCUGGAAGAAGAAGCUCUCCAAAAAGCUGAAGAAGCCAAUGAACAUUUCAAAGCCAGUGUGGCAGAAAUUGAAGAAAAGCGAAGUGAUCUAGAAAAUCUCAAAAGUGAUGUCUUAACACAGCUGCGGGAACUUGUGUAUCAGUGUGACUUAACACUUAAAGCUGCAACAGUUAAUCUGUUCCAGAUGCAACAUGCCCAAUUUGUGUCUGUUCCAGUUAACUGCCAGUCUCUCUGUGAGAGUGCCAAGCUGUACGACCCAGGACAGAAGUACUCUGAGUUUGUGAAGAAUUUGCCAAAAGAUGAUGUCCCCAUUGAAUCGGGUUCCUUUGAAACUCAGAGCUCCCAGGUUGGAGGGAUUUUCAGUAAACGAUCAAACCAUGCACGUGCAUCCCAAGGAAAUUUAUCCCAGUGUUCAGGAGAUUUUCCCACUCAUGCAGUAGAAGACAUUGGAAGCCCAUCCUAUCGUCGCUCCCAAAAGAUUGGAGAAAAAAGAUCUUGUAGCAGCACUGAUGUCUCUGUUGCAAGGGGACCACCACCAUUUAGGACCUGGUCUGUUGGUAACCAAAGUGGAGGAAUGUGCAGUGACUCUGAAAGUGCAGGAGGAAGCAGUGAGUCACGAUCUGUGGACUCUCCAUCUGCAAGUCCAGGAGACUUUAAAAGGAGGCUUCCUCGAACACCAUCUACUGGUACCAUGUCAUCUGCUGAUGAUCUUGAUGAGAGAGAGCCACCCUCUCCUUCAGACUGUGGUUUAAAUGAUCUCGCAACUGAAAUGGCCAGUUCACCCGGACCUUUUAGAAACACUCUUCUGUCAAAGGCAGCUCAAACACACAAACUGAGGAAGCUGAGGGCUCCAUCUAAAUGUAGAGAAUGUGACAGUCUGGUGGUAUUCCAUGGCGCAGAAUGUGAGGAGUGUUCUCUUGCCUGUCAUAAGAAAUGCUUGGAGACUUUAGCUAUUCAAUGUGGACAUAAAAAACUUCAUGGAAGACUUCAUCUAUUUGGAGUAGAGUUCACUCAAGCUGCCAAAAAUACUCCUGAUGGCAUUCCCUUUAUCAUCAAAAAGUGUACUUCUGAAAUUGAAAGCAGAGCCCUGAAUGUUAAGGGUAUCUAUCGUGUGAAUGGAGCCAAAUCAAGGGUUGAAAAGCUCUGUCAAGCAUUUGAAAAUGGAAAGGACUUAGUAGAGUUGUCAGAACUCUAUGCGCAUGAUAUAAGCAAUGUCCUUAAGUUGUAUCUUCGUCAGCUCCCAGAACCUUUGAUUUUGUUUCGGCUUUAUAAUGAAUUCAUUGGACUUGCAAAAGAGAGUCAAAAUAUUAAUGAGGAACUUGAUUUGAAACAGAUGAGUCCCAGAUCAAAAAAAGGGCAAUCAGUGUGUAUUGAACUGAAUAGGAUCAUUCUUAAAAUCAAAGACCUCCUCAAACUUCUACCUGCACCAAACUAUAACACUCUGCAGUUCCUUAUAGGCCAUCUGCACAGGGUUACAGAACAGUCUGAUGAAAAUAAAAUGUCUGCGAGCAACCUUGGCAUUAUAUUUGGCCCAACUCUUAUCAGGCCACGUCAGACAGAUGCUACCGUCUCUCUUUCUUCGCUUGUGGACUAUCCAUAUCAAGCUCGGGUAGUGGAGCUUCUUAUAACCAAUUACGAGAAGAUCUUUGACGUUAUGUUGCAGCCAUUAUCAGAUGCAUCUCGGUCUGGCGAAAAUGCUACUUAUGCUAAAAGUGUUCUAUUAGCAGAAGAUCGAGAACAGCAGCAAAAGAAAACUGCAUCCUGUAUUGCCCUGAAGGAAACCAUCCAGUUAGCCCAAAAUGAAAAUGAAGAUUCAGAAACUGCUGUAUUACUUGAAGAACCAGAUAGUAGUAAAGACAUGCUAAAGAUUUCUAAUGCAUUAACAGACUGGAAUUCAUAUCUUGGGACGAAACACAAUCUAGGAAAGAAAAACUCUCCUUCAGAACCACCGCCUCUCUCAGUUCUGGAAAACCACACUGCAACUAAAAAAGAGUCAGGCAACACUGAGAUUCCUGAUUCAAGUCAAGACAAUGAACCAUCUCUCUCAGCAGCUGAGGAUGGUGUUAAAACCAGUCACUUAUUAAGACCUAAUCGUCAAAUAACCAAAGUUCAGUUACGUUCGCAGAGGACAAAGCCAGUUGUUCGCCCUGUCAGUUUACCUCUAGGUCAAAUGCUUCCUCCCUGUGUUUUGAAUGAGAAAAAUUCCCGAAAUGCAGAGCUAAGUACAGAAAAGCUUGGCAAAAGUCCUGUGAUUGAAGAGGUUUCUGAGACACCAUUGCUUCCUGCGGUUAAUGUUGGCUGUAGGCUUUCUUGUUAUGAUCCUCAGACUCUGAAGAAGACUUGGGACAAGCAGUAUAAACAAUAUGAUAUGACUGCAAGGACAGCAAUGAUUGUGACCAAUCUACCCCAAGAAAAUCGAAUGCAAGAGUCAGUAAACACAUGUGCCUUUGCUUCAUCAAGCAACAUUGUUAACAAUUCAGUGAAUGCCAUACUUCCCAAUAAGCCAUAUACAGUACCUGUCAGGGCUGCAAGGACAACUGCAGAAGGGCAUAUCCCAGACUCUAAUCCACUUGGUGCUUUCAGAACACCAAGAACUUUACAACCACCACCAGGGACAUUCUAUAAACCACCAGCCAACAGUAAGGCCAAACAGAAUGACGAGAGUUCUUCUCCUAAACUCUGUACUGCAAUUGUCAAAGAUGAGACUCCAAAGCUAGCAGUGAACCCCGGGCUUGCUCAGGGUUCCUUGGGCUCCUGUAGCCAGCAUGUAAAGCAACAAAAAAUCAGUUCAGAAGCCGUUUCCCCUACAGACUUGAAGCCCACUUAUCAGAGAUUAAGGCCAAAGCGGAUGCAAGAACUGGAACAGAGGGAAGCUCACUUUGUAUAGGGCAACAAAACUUGUCUGGAACAGUCAUACAG